AUGAAGCCUGCACGCCUUCUCCAGCUUCUGCUGCUGAUUUGCCUGGUGCCACGGCUGGUGCCCGGGGGGCCCAGGCAACAUUUUCUAAGGUAUAUCCUGGACCCUCCGCCCUGCCGAUCGUACCCUGAAAACUGUACCUACUUCUGUAAUUUGCAGGAAGAUUGCCAAGGAGGACUUCAGUGCUGCGCUGCCUUCUGUGGGAUCGUUUGCUCAUUAAACAAAGCCAUAAGCCACCAAGAGUUAGGGGAUGCUGGGGCCCAGUCCUGA